CACAAGCACAAUCAACUCUGCCGAGUCCUGACCCGCCUGGACCACGAAGACCUGAGUAGCGCAGAGAGGGUCUCCGCCGUGGUUGGACUAUGGCUAUCCAUGACAAUUCCCGGAGUGGGCACGUACGCGUUCAGCGGGUUUCUCGCCCUCACGCUCGGACAAGCCGUCUUGCGCGCGACCCAUCCGGGAGACCCGAGUUAUGCCACCAACAUUCGGUCUACGAUGCAGAUCGGCGCGGUCGGCAGCGGCGUACUUGGUGUCGCAAUUUGGACCGUCAUCCUCAUGGCUCUGCUCCUCGCGACCCUUGCCAGGAAGGUCAAAACCUUCGCAAACAUGAUGAACAUGUCGACAUCCAUACGAAAAGACCUCGGAUCCCUCGCUUUCUACACUGCGGUCGGGGCAGCCAGUGGCCCUCUGGGAGUCGCCAUACUGAAGCACCAUAGGAGUGCGAGCGAGCGAGCGGACAUGUUGGACGUGAGCCAUGCAGCUAAGGCAGGGGCGUUCGGGUGGUUUCUCCUCGCAGUGUCGUGGUUGCUUAAUCACCAGUCGAACAUGUUGAAGAGCAGAGAGUCGGAGCGUUGACGAUCUGGUGUACAAGUUGUGUAAAGUGUAUGCGGCAUAUUGUAGUGCGGGAAGAGGCAACGAAGAGAUUACUUAUGUAAGUCGACUCGACCGACUGACUGAGGAGGAGGAGGAGGAGGAGGAGGAGG